ACAUUUAAUUCAAAUGCUAAGCAUUAUGUGUCAAUGUCAACAAUGUUACCAUCGACUGAUCGAUCGAUCAAUCAAUCAAUCUAUCGAUUUUGUACCUUCACAUUUGCCUAUACUGUACUGUUUAAUGGACGUGCCAGCUCUGAAUGCUACAUCGUCUUAAUCUUUUCAGUGACAACACACAUGCUGUCCAUCUGGUUGCAUGAAACCAAUGAAAACAGACAGAAAUGCCCCCUCGCUUUACUUCUGAGGCACAAUGACCUCAACAAGCUUUGUGCAAAUGUAAAAGAAUACAAGUGCAUCCGAUUCAAUCGGGAUCCAUUUUGUUUUCAAGUACAGAGAUGUGAUGAAGAGGCAUACAGACUUUAUAGCUUGCUGAUAUAUGACAAAUGUAGUAAAAGUAGAUUCGAGUAAUAUAUAGCCUCAAGUGGAAUAAUCACAUAAUUCAUCUGAUCCAGAAAAAAAAGACACAUUUCACUAUGCAAAUCUCUCACAAGUACUAUAAUUUAUUUGAGGCAAGGUUUGACAAAUGCCAAAUCUAUUCGAUUCUUUUUUUGAAACAACGGACAAUCCUUGCGAGGAUGGUUGUGAUGACACUUGUGAGGAAGUAUAUCCUUUAGUAGACUACAUGUUUUUGGAGUGCUUUUUGUGUGUGUGUGUGUGUGUGUGGCCAGAUUUGUCCACAGUCAUUAAUGCGCUGCAUUAAUAGCUGGUAAACUCACAGACUGUCAUAUUUUGUACGCCCCUUCCCUUCUCCCAUAUCUCCACCCUUACCUCUGAGAACUCCCCCAGAGGCGUCAUUUUUAUAACGUCCACAGAUCCUCUAUGACUUUAUAAUCUCAUCACCCAACUUCCAUCUGCUCACAUAUUCCAAUUCCAUUAUCAGCCCUCCUCACUGUCAUUAUCAGUAAGUAGUGUGUUUAUAUGCAUCAUUUAUGACCAGUUAUCUGGUUCCCCUAUGCCAGAUUGGAUUCCAGUGUAUUCCUUUGUAUCUGAACUCGAAGCUGCAAUUGUGCUCUAUUUCACACACAAUGACCCUGAUUGAAAUAUAAAUGUCAAAUGUUGAAAUGAAUAUAUAUGUCCCACCCCUGUACUUUUAAACAUUGGCGCAGAUGGUACUGACGGGAGGCCAUGUCACCUUCAGAUUGACUCCAAUCCGUCCCCCUGACCUUCGCCACAAAAAGUGAGAAAAAUCUCGGGUAAACCAGAGGACUAACGUUCCGUUUAUAUUGGCACAGGCAUUGAGCCUCUAUAACCCAGUGUUGUUGGUUUUUUUUGUGUUAAAAGUAUGAUUUUAUUUUAAUUUUCUAUUUAAUGUGUUGUUUUCCACUAAGUAUUGUUUUUUUCCCCAUGUGGCAUGAAUGCACUGCAGUGGCCCACACAUUUGAGUUUCUUUUGGGCCUAUUCCAUUGCACCGGUUGUACCCCCAAACAGCCUCGCUCCGCCCCGUGUGGUCACCUCUCCAAUACACUUUUUCGAGGCCGAGCUGUGUCAAUGUUACCGGUUUUGAGAACCUCCUCCGACCUGCUUCUAAAAUGCAAUUAAUUAAUAAAUUUUUCUUUGGAGUAGGUGAAGAUUUUGGAGCUUUUGUCGUCCCGCUACAUUUGCCAGAAACCCUGAGCAGCAUCCACCCAUCUCACUUGCAAUUUCCUCAUGUUUUGGAAUGUGGUAAUGUUCCCAUUUUAUGUUUUGGUUUGAAAUACCAGGGUCCAUGCAUAUUGUCAGUUCUUUGUUUUUGUUCUUUUCAAUGACAUUGUGCCGGUGUAAAGAAUUGUUUAAGCCGAUUGACCGUGAAUGUCAACAACAAGCGAAGCCGCACUUACUGUACCCUGCCUUCAGUAAAAGCUUUCCUUCCAACUACAACAGUUUCUAGGGUCUCAAUAUAAAUAUUAGUAUUAUUAUCGAGAUGAGACAUAAUCAGAAUGCGUAUAUGACCUUCAAUCAUAAUGCUGUUUGCUAGAAGCUUGCCCUCGAUGUCACCUCAGUAAUGGUGGCCGGAGACCGAGCAUUGUGGGUAAUCGAGCGAUGUGUGAAGUCAGCAUCAGUGAUCGAGUUACAAUUUUUUUUCCUUUAAUUGGUCAUUUAUUGUGCUAUCAUUUUUGGGAGACGUAUGUAUUGUUAUUUCCAAAUAACUGAUAACUUCAAGCAAGACAUUUCUGGAUUAUAAAUUGUAUUUUACACAUUGAGUAAAGGCUCUUUUUUUGUCUCAUCUCAUCUCAAGGGCUGAGCUGUGCUAUCUUCUGACUGGAUGCCACCUCAGAUGUCUGCAAGACAUUUGGCCACCCAUUUUCCAGGAGACUGGCAACCUUCAGAUGUCCAACAAGCUUCAUUGACUUGUCCACUUAAAAAUGUUACAUCCAGAAUUGUGAGCAACGAUGAUAAAUCCGAGGGAAUUCUACGCCACCUUGUCACACACAACGAGGGACAUGGCAGCGAACCACGCCAAGCCCAACCUCAGCCAAUCUCAGGCAGCAGAGAUUGUGAAGAAACACUACAAGCUGACUCCCCGUCAACUCCGUUGUCUCCCCAGCUAUGAUGACCAGAACUUUUUCAUUGCGACUGUCGAAGGUGGCGAGUAUUUGCUGAAGAUUAUGAACUCGGUGCACACAAAGGACCCCACCCUGAUAGAACUGCAGACUUACGCAAUGAACUUUCUGCAUGAAAAUGGACUUCCUACCCAAACAACCCUGAAAACAACAAUGGGACAGAACAUGAUCCUGGAAGACAUCGAUUGUGGCUCUGGUUUACAGAAGCACCUGGUGCGCCUGUUGACCUAUUUGCCAGGAAUCCCCAUUUCUGAUGUGCCUUUCUCAUCACAACUACUUUAUGAAGUUGGCCAGACAGCAGCCAGAAUGGACAACACCCUCAAAGAGAUGGAACAUCCUCAACUGUGUGUGCUGCAGAGGGAGGGGUUCAUAUGGAGUUUGUCAAAUGUUCCCCUUCUGGAGAAAUACAUGAAAGUACUCGAUGGAGAUCCUCUCCUGGAGGUUGUGAAGUCUGUCCUCCAGCAGUACAAGACUGCUGUGGCCCCCAAAUACUCUAGUUUCCGCGCAUGUCUCAUUCAUGGAGACUUCAAUGAUCUCAAUGUGCUGGUGCAAGCUAAUGAAAGUAAUGGCUCCAAGAUUUCUGGUAUCAUUGAUUUUGGUGAUAUGAACUUCGGUUGCUACGUCUAUGAGCUCGCCAUCACCAUCACGUACAUGAUGCUGGAGCACCCCAACCCAAUUGAUGUGGGCGGACCUAUCCUAGCAGGCUGGGAAAGUGUCUUUCCUCUCAACGCGUCAGAGAGAGACUGCCUCUUUUGGUUGGUCCUGUCACGCCUCUGCCAGUCAUUAGUCAUUGCUCGUUUUUCGGUGACUUUGCAACCCGAAAAUGAAGAAUAUCUGAUGCAUUCGUCCAAGAAAGGCAUUCCAAUUUUACGCAAGUUCUUUGAGAUAGGAAAGGAGCAAGUGGAGAAAGUGUGGUUCCAAGGUGCUGCUCAGUUCAAUGACAGAAAGUGAGUCAAUCUAUUUUUAGAUGCAUUCAAAACAAUAUGUUGAUGAAAAUAACUAGAUAUUUGAUCAUUUGUCAGGCCAUCAAAUCCCCUUCCAUGUAUUAUUUACUGUAGGUGCAUAGCUUUCCUGGGUUUUCAUUCCAAACAUACUGAGUUGGAAAAUGUAUAUUUUAUAUAUACCAAAUAUUACUUCUAUUAGUUUUACACAACCUUCACAUGCUUUAUUGUUCCAUGUUGUGACUGCUGGCUUUUUUCCGGCCGUUUUGUGCGUCCUGGUUGUUCCCAGCCAUGUUGUGACUACUGGCUGUUUUUCGAUAAAGAUAAGUUGAGUGCAGCUGGACAAAGAUAAUUGUUUUGCUUUCCUUCUCUGUCUCUCUCACUUCUGUAUAACGGAGGUGAUUGUUUUGGUUCGAUUUCUGUAAGAGGUGACAACUUGUCAGAGUUAAUCUGCAAAUCUACAUAUUCUCCAUUUAGCAUGCACCGGAAAGAGACAAAAGAGACAAAACACAACCUGAGCCAGGACUUUUCUCUUGCGGCAAGACGAGAAGCAGUCGCUAUCUUAGCGAGCUGGACUCUUCUAACAUUUGCCUCCCCUCUGCCCUUUUUAUUAAGCUUGAGUAGGUGGUAUCACAUUUUAUGACCUUUUCAGGAUGUGGUCUCUGAAUGGAGGUGUGGGGGUUUAUUGCCUUGUGGAAUGUGCAUUGUAGUACUUUUCCAAACUGUUCUUGUUCCCAGUGAACAAGGGUGCUAUCAUCUUCAUGCAGUUACAGCAACACUGUAUUUUUAUGAAAUAAUAUAUUUAAAAAAUUGCAUCAUUUCCCUCCUGUUUAUCAAAUAAAAAUACAUUACUCAUCA